AAAAAGAUAAUAAAGGUCAUUUGGUGCGGGAGGGAGCGCGAGAGUGGCGGUCGAGCCUCUGGUGUCCCAGGCUAGAGGUGAGCAUGGCAGAACAGGAACCCACUGCUGAGCAGCUUGCCCAGAUAGCGGCUGAGAAUGAGGAAGAUGAGCACUCUGUCAACUACAAGCCCCCAGCCCAGAAGAGCAUCCAGGAGAUCCAGGAACUGGACAAGGAUGAUGAGAGCCUUCAAAAGUAUAAGGAAGCCCCGCUGGGCCGUGUGGCUGUCUCUGCAGACCCCAAUGUCCCCAACGUCAUUGUGACCCGCCUGACCUUAGUGUGUAGCACCGCACCAGGCCCUCUGGAACUGGACCUGACAGGUGAUCUGGAGAGCUUCAAGAAACAGUCAUUUGUGUUGAAGGAAGGUGUGGAGUACCGGAUAAAAAUCUAUUUCCGGGUGAACAGAGAGAUCGUGUCAGGCAUGAAGUACAUCCAGCACACAUAUAGGAAAGGGGUCAAAAUUGACAAGACUGACUAUAUGGUCGGGAGCUAUGGACCCCGGGCUGAGGAGUAUGAGUUCCUGACACCCAUGGAGGAGGUCCCCAACAUGCUUGUUCGGGGCAGUUACAACAUCAAGUCCCGCUUCACAGAUGAUGACAAGACUGACCACCUGUCCUGGGAGUGGAAUCUCACCAUCAAAAAGAAAUGGAAGGACUGAGCUCCAACUGGGAGGCGGGCAGGGCGACAGACAGACAGAAGGACCGACAUGCCCCACCCUAGACCCCUACCCACCCCAAACCAAAGUGCUGACAGGACCCUCCCUCACCAUUCCUCCCUGGUCCACUCAGGCAGGCAGCUCUUCUGUCUGCCCCUCCCCCACCCCCUGCCUGCAGGCCCCUGUGGUCUCCAGAGUCACACUGCUGCUUCUGU